AUGGCCCGGGCGUCCCGCUCGGAUGGCCUGCCUCCGCUCGCUCCGGGGCCGCAGCCGUGGGCGCUGGUGAGGGCCGCGGGGGAGGAGCCCUGGGAGCGAAGGCGAGCGGGCGCCACCGGCGGGGAUGUCCGUGGCGAGCCGGGGCUGCCGGCCGCCGGGAGCAUCCCCUACUUGGACCCGCGGCCCGGCGGAGCUGCAAGAGGGCAGCCGUGGUGGGCGGCGCCGACGGACAAGGCAGGGCCGCCCCAUGAGGCUGGCGCCGCAGACCCGAGGCGAGAGGCUGCCGCCGCCGGGCCGGUACCUCCCGCGCUGCAGCGGCUCCAGGCUGCGCUGCUGCGGCUGCACCGCGAGCGGGCGCGGCUCCUGCAAGUGCGGGACUGCGCCCGCCACCUCCAGGCGGCCGUGCGCCUCCUGAGGAUGCUGCACCCCGGCGCGCCGUGCCCGGGCUCGCACCCCUGGCCUCAGCUCUGCCGCGACCUGCUGCUGCCGCCGCUUCCCCGGAAGGCAGUCCUGGCAGCCGGCCUCAGAGAGACUCCCGAGCCGCUGCUUCUGGCGCGCCCCGUCGGACUGGCUGCCCAGCGCCUGGAUGCGGUCAUCGAGGCGCAGCUUCGCGCUCUGGGCCGGGCGCCCGCCAGCCCCGUGCUGUCGUCAAACCUGGCUGACCUGCUGCAGGCGCUGCCCACCUACCAUCAGCUGCAGGGAAAAGCCUCAGCCCACGUCCCAGGGGCGGCGCGCCCUUUCCCCCCGGGCCGAGUGCUUGGCCUCCUGGCGGAAGAGCGGGGUUACCUGGUGGCCCAUCGACUGCAUGAGGCGCUCAGUGGAUCGGGCCUGUGGGACCAGCUCCGCACAUGGUGGAGUGAGGAGCGGGAGCUGCUGCUGGGUCUCCUGGGCCUGAUUGGGGGCGUGGCAGGUUCAGCCAGCAGCGGCCUGGGGCCAGGUGGGGCUGGAGCCCUGUGGAGUCAGUACUGGGCCCUACUAUGGGCAGCCUGUGCUCAGAGUCUGGACCUAAGCCUAGGACCCUGGAGAGACCCCAGAGCAGAGGCACCACAGCCGAGUCAGGCGUCCCUGCCUCAGGAGUGUGAGAAGGAGCUGGCUUCGUUGUGUCACGGCCUGCUUCAUCAGUCUCUGAUCCGGAGCUGGGACCGAGUGUUCUGCCAAGCCUUGGGGUCUGCUGGUGACCAGAGCAGCCUUUCCUCAUCCUCUCACACCACUGAACUUCUGCAACGGCUCUUCCCUCCUCUCUUGGAUGCCCUUCGAGAGCCCAAGUCAGGGCUGCUGCUCUGUCAGCCUCCAGGCCCUGCUCCCCUUGCCCUGGGGCUCUGCACCUUGCAGGCCAUCUUGCUCUGGUUUUGGGGCAGAGCUCAGCAGCAUCUGGCAGCAUGGGCCCCGGGUUCCUUCCUGCUCCUGAUCCAGAAGGACUUGCGGCCUCUGUUACAUCAGGCAGAAGUUCUCUCCAGCCUGGUCUCAGAGGAAAGCCUGGCCCUGGAGGUGGAGCAGCAGCUGGGCCUGGAAAUCCGGAAGCUGGCGAUACAGAUCCAGCUCCUGCCUGAAGAGUCACUGAGUCUCUUUUUUCAAGAAUGCUAUAAACAAGCUACACAGGGCUUCGAACUUCACAUGCCUCGGGGUCGAUACUGGCGGCGGCGCCUUUGUUCUGAACUUCCCAGCAUUCCUAGUGAGUAUGCUAGGUUUGUGGUCCGCACUGUACUGGAGCCUGUAUUGCAAGGAUUGCAGGGUUUGCUACCUCCAGCCCAGGCCCCUGCUCUUGUCCAGGCAUUGACAGCCAUCCUGAGUGCCUGGCUGGACCACAUCCUCACCCAUGGGAUCCGGUUCAGCCUGCAGGGGACACUGCAGCUUAGACAAGAUUUUGGAGUGGUCCGAGAGCUGUUGGAAGAAGAGCAGUGGGGCCUGUCCCCUGAACUUCGCCAGAAUCUGUUUACGCUCAGCAUCUUCCAACAGCUGGAUGGGGCCCUGCUGUGUCUACUGCAGCAGCCCCUGCCCAAGACUCAAGUCCACAGAAGGCCUCCCUGUUGCUGUGCGUGUAAGGAGGUCCAAACCUUGGAAUUGCCCAGCAGCAGCCUCAACAGCCUGGAGAGCUUGGAGCCCCCUCUUCGGCCUGGAGCACCCCCAGCACAGACAGCUCAGCUGCUGAGCAUGCUGUGGGGUGGGGGACCUAGCCCCGAGGCUUACCUGGUGGGAAAUCAGCAAGCCUGGCUUGCCCUAAGGCAGCACCAGCGCCGCCCCUGGUGGCAACUGCCUUUUCUCUCCUGCCUGGAGACCAGUCCUGAGCCCUAA